ACGUCGGGCUUCGUUCUUUGUCGUUCUUUGUCGUUCUCCGCUCAGUUCUUUGAGAUGUCCGGCCGCGGCAAAGGGGGCAAAGGGCUCGGCAAGGGCGGCGCUAAGCGUCACCGCAAGGUCCUGCGGGACAACAUCCAGGGCAUCACCAAGCCCGCCAUCCGCCGGCUGGCCCGCCGCGGGGGCGUCAAGCGCAUCUCCGGGCUCAUCUACGAGGAGACGCGCGGGGUGCUCAAGGUCUUCCUGGAGAACGUGAUCCGCGACGCCGUCACCUACACGGAGCACGCCAAGCGCAAGACCGUCACGGCCAUGGACGUGGUGUACGCGCUCAAGCGCCAGGGCCGCACGCUCUACGGCUUCGGCGGCUGAGCCCCCGCCAGCCCCCCGAGUUCCCAAAGGCCCUUUUCAGGGCCCCCCAACACUUCAACAAAAGAGCUGUACACACGCUGGCGGAUCAUCCGCGCCUCCUUGGGCUCAGGGGUGGGAGUGUCGCGUGGAAGAGCUUUUCCCUUAUGGAGCAAGGAUUUAGUGUGGCAUUUAUAGGACGAGCUUGAAAGCUGGGCUCGGGGCAGUGGUGACUGGACGGGGUAAUGGAAUCGUGGGCCGAGUCCAUUUUACACCCUAGCUUCCACACACUGACCCUGAAAGGGCUCUCGGACCUAGCCAUGUUUGUCGGCAGCUCUCUGCCUCCUAAGUCGAGGACGUUUCGCUACAGGGCUAUAUGAAUUAUCCCUAGGUUGUUACCGUCGAUUCGAGCAGCCGGUAGCUUCUAGGCGGUAAAAUGCGGCGCGGAAUUCUGGAGAGAGAUAUAUAGUGGCGUCUAUGCAAAUGAGGGCUAGCCGGAUUCCGUCUCCCAUUGGAGGACGCUGUGCUCGGCGGGAUGCAGUAU